AUGGCCACUGAUCCCUCUCUCCAAGACCCCCUCCUUUCGCUGCGUCGCGCCAUCGCGGCCGGGACCCUUCCCACGCCGACAACCUCCAGCGACCUCUCGGAUCAGAAUGCCACCGACGACCUAGCGAAAGCCACCCAUCUGUACUUCCAAAACCCCCUUCCUCAGAAUAUCUCCCUCAACACACCUACCCGCUUCGUCUCCAGCUCCUCCGACUCCGCUGUCGACCUCCGCAGCAUCUUCUUCGCGUGGCAGAAGAAAGAUGUUGCGAUUCCUGAGUACAUCGCCUCUGCACAGGAACUCAACGAGUCACUAAAGCAAAAGGAGCGCCGGGAAGGCGAUGAGGAGGAGAAAGUUCAGAACCUGGUCUUCGUUGAGCGCCUGGAUCUCCUCACCUGGUUGGAGGGCGCGUCUGAUGAGAGUGAGUACAUCAAGCCGUUGGAGGGUGCCGCGGCGGCUGCAGCGGCGGCUUCUGCAGCUGCCCAGGCACAGGCUUCGGCGAACAUCGCCUCGGGUGCUGCAGGAGGUGUUUCUGCGGUGCCCAGUGGUGCACCCGGGGGUCCUGCGCAGACUCAGCAGGGCAAGGCGGCCAAGGUCAUUGAUCCCAGGCUGCAGGAGAUUUACAACGGAGAGCGUAAGAUGGGAGAUCGGAAUAGCGUUCUACGGGGUAUCAAACCAACGGACUUCUCUCACGUCCGCAAAACCGCCGAAUCCAUCCUGGGACGCAACCGCUCACGGCCAGGCCAAUACCCUGCAGGCGUAAAAGCCGGCAGCAAGCCACAGUCGAUGGUGGUUCCCUCACCAUCCGCUGGUCUCUCCCAGUCGCGCAAGGGAAGCUCCAAGACGCAAGACCCGAUCAUCCUCCUCUCGCCCUCGGCCUCGUCCCUCAUCCGCAUGUCCAACGUGCGCUCCUUCCUACAAGACGGCGUUUUCAUUCCCCCCGAUCACAGCAGCCUCUCCAUGUCGAAUUCCAACAUCCUCUACAUCUCCCGCCCGCUACGCAUGAAUUCGGACCCGUCCGGCUCCUCUCUGCGGCCGGGCGGAGGCAACUCCUCGCAGAUUACAUCCCGAAAACCCACCCGCUUCAUCCUGGUCGAUAGCACGGCCAACUUCCGUCCGGAUUACUGGCAGCGUCUGGUCGCGGUGUUCACGACGGGCCAGACCUGGCAGUUCAAGUCAUACAAGUGGUCGUCCCCGCCGGAGCUCUUCAAACACGCCACCGGCGUCCACGUCGGUUGGCGUGGCGAUGAUGUGCCCCGGGAAGUGCGUAGCUGGGGUCGUGGCGUGCAGAGCUUCGGAGUCGAACGUUGGGAUGAGAAGGGUGGUGCCCAUGGCGCAGGUCGGUGGCGUGAUCGGGAAGUCGUCGAGGGGAUCUGGACGGCCAUUGAAGAGGGGAUGAGACAGCGAGGCUGGGGGACCAAGUAG